GUCAAAGCAAAAGAGAAGCACGAGGGGACAGCAGCUGUGGAGUCCUUCAUCGGUGACGUGAUGAAGAAGGACAGAGCAGUGCUGGUCAGCCUGUGGGAGGCGCUGGCUGAAGAAUUUGUGAGAUGUCCGUCACCAAACCUGAAAGGAAUUCUGGACAAGAUGACCGAGCAGGGACCAGGCCUCUUGAUGGAGAUCCAGGCCAGUGCCCAGUUGCCUUUCCUUGAGCCUCAUAUUUAAGAUCUCAGUAAGACACACAGAGCGGCUGUGUCUGAAUCUAUGGGACCUCUGGAUGAUCAGCCUGCAUCUGGAGAUCCACUCACUAGCACCGUGGGCCUUGUGACUCAAUACACAGAGCUAAUGGUCAUCAAACAGGACAUUGAAGAUGAACUGGCGAAGGCUGGGAAGACUGAGGAAAGACUUGAGGAGGAGGGAGCAACAAAGAACUGUGAGCGAAUCUGGACUGAGCAGCUGUUUAGGAGAAAUCCUGACAGUGCAAUUCCUUCCAAAAUCAUAGUGGUCAGUGGGGUGGAAGGAAUAGGGAAGACCACCAUGGUACAGAAGAUCAUGUCUGAAUGGGCCAGUGGGACUCUGUACCAGAGGUUUGCAUUUGUCUUCCUGUUUAAAUUCAGGGAGCUCAACCUCCUGGACAAUGAAGCACAUAUGUCUCUGGCCACGCUGAUUGAAAGGCACUAUAAACAUCUCACGCAUGACAAACUAAUAGAAAUCCUGCAGAAACCUGAAUCUCUUCUCUUUAUACUUGAUGGACUGGAGGAAUACAAACACAAACUGGACUUCACAGACAGUCAGCUCUGCUUAGACCCAGAUGAUGAGGUGCCUGUCCACAUCCUUGUCACCAGUCUAGUCAGUCAGACAUUUCUGAAAGGCAACUCUGUUCUGAUAACAAGCAGACCACAAGCUCUGGAGUAUCUGGUUAUAGAGAGAGUUGAUAGAUUUGUAGAAAUUGUAGGAUUCUUCCCUGAACAAAGACUGAUGUACUUUAAGAAGUUCUUUGGUGAUGCUGAUGUGGGCACCAGGGCUUUUCAGUACAUUGAGAAGAACACCAUCCUGUACUCCAUGUGCUUCAACCCUUCAUAUUGCUGGAUUAUCUGCUCUGCACUGAAGAGUCACUUCACGAAACUUGAAGAAGAUCAAGUAGCUGCCCCCAGAACUGUCACGGAGACCUUUGUAAUGUUUCUUCACAAUAUCUUGACCAAUCACAGGCAAGAAAGCAGGGAAAAAGAGGGAUUCUGA